AUGCCGGCUGAGAGGCGCUCUCUGAGAUCCAACAGCAAGUCAGAUACCUCUUCAUCUGCUAACGGUGAAAAGGGUCGCUCUACUUCGCAGAACACCAGCUCCAACAAGGACAAACCGGCGCCCACUCGCGCUACUGCCAACAAGGCCAAAUCCACCACCACCUCGAAAGCCGCCUCGUCGAACAGCACAGCAGACUCCGGGAUGGGUGAGCAACGGGACCAGCCGCGGACCAACGGGUCCGACCCGACGGAGAAUGGCGUCAAUGGUUCGGAAGACGUUGAGAUGGGAGAGGAUACGGCAGGUGGGCCUACAUCCUCAUUCACCGCCAGUAAGGGCAAAAAAGGUGACGAGAAGAUGACUGUUGUAGUGCCCCCGACUAAGGGUUCGAGGUUAUCCGGCGAGCAAGCUCCGGACCAAGAAGGCGACGUCGCCAUGGAGGGUGCGGACACCGAGGAGUCCAAGUCAGAGGUUGAUCCUAAGGCCAAGGCUGUUCAAGAUAUCAAGUCCAACUUUACACUGCUUGAACGAGCUGUCAGCCAUUUUGAUCCCAGAUUCACUCUCCGUGUCCUGCGUUCGAUAUCAUCCAUGCGAAAACACAUCACCCCGGAUGUACUGGCUGAAGUCAUCGUCGAUACCUACCCGCCUUCCAGUCUGACUGCUUCUUUCCUGUUGGACGCCAUCGAUCAACCCGGCGCGUUCGAAAGUGCUGUCCCCAGCUCGAAGAUGGAGGUUGAAUCGGAGAAAACAAAGUCGGCCCCCAAGGAGAUCCUGCCCGAGAUCGACACCUAUCUCUCCAUUCUGGUCCAGAUCUACUUGUUCGACAAGAAGGAAAUCCAGAAGGGCGCCAAGUUCUCUACCGAUCUGAUUGAGCAGCUGCGGACGCUCAAUCGCCGCACCCUUGACUCACUGGCGGCCCGCGUCUACUUUUACUACUCCCUCUUCUACGAACAGAUUGCGCCCCUUCCUCCGUCCCCCGCUGCAUCUGUCACCUCGAUCCGUCAGCCCUUGCUUAACGCGCUUCGGACGGCUGUCCUACGCAAGGAUGUGGACACUCAGGCGACCGUGAUGACCCUGCUUCUGCGCAAUUACCUGUCAACGUCCCACAUCUCGCAGGCUGACUUGUUGAUCUCGCACAAUCGGUUCCCCGCGUCUGCCUCGAACAACCAGAUUGCCCGCUACCUUUAUUACCUGGGCCGUAUUCGGGCCAUCCAGCUACAGUACACAGACGCUCACGGGCAUCUGGUCGGUGCUACCCGGAAAUCCCCAUCCAGUCACAGUGCGAGGGGCUUCUAUCAGGCGUCUCACAAGCUGCUCGUUGUCGUUGAGUUGCUCAUGGGAGACAUACCCGAUCGGGCGAUUUUCCGCCAGCCCGCGCUGGAGCGUGCCCUGCACCCUUACUUCCUCUUGGUACAGGCUGUGAGCGUUGGUGAUUUGGAUGGAUUCCUGAACAUUGUGAAUACGCAUACCGCGACCUUUCGCAAGGAUGGGACUUACACCCUCAUCCUACGUUUGAGACAGAACGUGAUCAAGACGGGCAUUCGCAUGAUGUCUCUCUCUUACUCUCGUAUCUCGCUUCGUGACAUUUGCCUUCGCCUUGGUCUGGACAGUGAGGAGUCGGCCGAGUACAUUGUGGCCAAGGCCAUCCGCGAUGGAGUGAUUGAAGCUAGUCUGGACCACGAGCGUGGUUUCAUGAAGAGCAAGGAGGUUGGUGACAUUUACGCCACCCGGGAGCCCGGUGAGGUCUUCCACGAGCGUAUCAGAGCAUGCUUGAGUCUCCAUGAUGAGAGCGUCAAGGCCAUGCGGUUCCCGAUGAACCAGCACCGUUUGGAGUUGAAGAGUGCACAGGAAGCACGGGAGCGGGAGCGGGAGUUGGCUAAGGAGAUUCAAGAGGGCGACAUGGAUGAUGAGGAUGCCGGCGUGUCUUUUCAUCUUGAUUCGUUGUACUAUCUACAUUUCCUCUCCUCUCUUUUCAUCAUGAAGGCUCGCGCAGUCCCAGCCUCUGGGCUAGUUCUCUCCUCGCGCAUCACGACGCCGCCGACAACGACCACAAUCUGCUGGCAAUGCCUCCGGAAUGACCUGAUUCUGCGUCAUACACAAGUGCAAACACGCAAAUACCACCCUACCCGCCGGAAAGAUGUGUCUCCGUUCGGAGCCGCUGUAUCGGCGGCCCAGACGCUUUUCAAGGGCCUCCCCAAGGCGCCGCCAGGCAUCUCGGUCGACCCAUUGCGGAUGGUCGGCAAGGAGCUCAAGUUCUUGACCAAAAAUCUUCGUCAAUUGCUCGGAUCUGGCCACCCUACGUUGGAUAAGGUAGCUAAGUACUACACACGCAGCGAAGGCAAGCACAUGCGGCCGCUGCUCGUUCUCCUCAUGUCGCAGGCGACGGCGCUGUGCCCGCGCAAGCCCCAGACUGUUGACUACAAUGCGACGGUGAACGAUCCAAUUACUUCGUCCUCAAUCCUCGUCGACAACAACCCGGAUCUUCCCCCGUCGCUAUCCUCCGCCGCCUCCAGCAGUAACCCCGAUGCGGCCUACGACUUCGCAGGAGAUGAGAAUAUCCUCCCUACGCAGCGUCGACUGGCAGAAAUCACCGAGCUCAUUCACACCGCGUCUUUACUUCACGACGAUGUCAUCGAUAAUGCCGUGUCGCGUCGCUCCUUCACAUCGGCCAACUUGCAGUUUGGAAAUAAGAUGGCCGUGCUAGCCGGCGAUUUCAUGCUGGGUCGGGCCUCGGUGGCUCUGGCUCGGCUGCGAGAUCCCGAGGUCAUUGAAUUGAUGUCGACCGUGAUCACUAACCUGGUGGAGGGCGAGUUCAUGCAGCUGAAAAACACGGCUGCGGACGAGAAGCGGCCCGUCUUCACGGAUGAGACCUUGUCCUACUAUCUGCAGAAGACGUACCUCAAGACUGGCAGCUUGAUAAGCAAGUCCUGCCGGUCAACCGCGGUCUUAGGAAACAGCGUUCCUGAGGUCGUCGAAUCCGCGUACCAAUACGGUCGCAACUUGGGGUUGGCGUUUCAGCUGGUGGACGAUAUGUUGGAUUACACUGUCACCGAGGCGGAGCUGGGUAAACCCGCUGGUGCGGAUUUGGAAUUAGGUCUGGCGACUGCCCCGCUGCUGUAUGCCUGGAAGCAGUUCCCGGAAUUGGGCCCAUUGGUUGGCCGUAAGUUCAGCCAGGACGGUGACGUUCAGAUGGCUCGCGAGCUCGUCCUGAAGGCUGGCGGUGUGGAGCAGACGCGCCUUCUGGCCCAGGAAUACAUCGACAAGGCGAUCGCCGCGCUCGCCGACUUCCCCGACAGCGACGCCAAGGCAGGUCUGAUCCAGAUGUGCGAGAAGACCAUGAACCGUCGCAAGUAA